UUAUUCUUCACAAGCGGAGCGGAAAAUGGUGCUAAUUUUGUUGAUGUUUAAAACAUCUGAUGUGGUCGUGGCCGAGUAAAAAUUUUAAUAACUCCGACAACUAACGUAAACUUCCGGCACUCGGCUUCGUAUUAAUCACGUGACACGAUCCAAGGCGGAAGUACCGACUAGGAUAGACAGACGGUUCGACAGUUUCGCUUCUACAUGAAACCUCUGCUAUUUGGUGACCAAACGUUUACACGUUCUACACAAUCUCCCGGUUGAGUGCUUUCCGAGGUUGCUAAUCCUGAUCACGCUUCGGAGGAAAAUAUCGCAGUCAACUAUAUUGAAACCUGGUUUUUGGAGCAAUUUUGCUGAGACAAAAAAACAUUUAUGACACUGUCCUACAGUCUUGCAGUCAAGCUUCCUCUCCCAUUUGAGCAGCAAACUUAUUCGACUACUGAAAAUCACGCAGCGGCUCUGUCGUUAUUAAAGAUGGCUGACUCCGGUGUUUCAGAUUCUCUCCCCAAGAAACGCGGAACAUCCCGAAGUGCAGUCCAUUUGUGGGAAUUUUUAUUGGAGCUUUUGGCGGAUGAAAGAUACUCUUCGCUGAUAACGUGGACAAAACGUGAAAAAGGAGAGUUCAAACUUCGCAAUCAGGAAGAAGUUGCGAAGCGCUGGGGGGAACUGAAACAACGACCAGGAAUGAAUUAUGACAAACUAAGCCGGGCCCUUAGAUAUUAUUAUCAAAAAAAUAUCAUCAGAAAGGUCAGUGGUCAGCGGUUAGUCUACAAAUUUGUAGAUCUCCCUUACAAUUAUAAGCCAAUCAAAAAUCUUUACGACAGUGGGAUUCUGGAGAAGGAGGACCAAUCAAAAACUACAGAGAAGCACGAGAAGACUUCUUCCACGCGAGAAGUGUUCCAAGUAAUUUCUUAUCCAAACUACCUGAGCACCCCAAAUAUCCCAGACCUCAAAGACCCACAAGAGCCAAUCAGAAGUAAGCAUGAUCUUCACGUGCCAUCUGUUUCUGCACGAAACGAAUGUUACUUCAGUGAGGCGAGUCAUGGAAUAAGGCACAUUUCAGUGCCUGUUAUCAUGAAAUGUGGUCAUCCAACAGCUCUACCACAAAAGGUGAUCCCGGCCGAUGGCCAAGCGCUGGCAUAAAACUUCUAUUCGGGUUUAGCUCGUCAUAGUAGUGCAGUUUGUUAUAAACCGUACGGAUAACCAUGUAAGUGUCACGCAGUCUUUCAUAAAUUUUGGAUAGAACAGAUGUAAAGCAAAAUUUGAGAAGACACGUGGGUUACGGUGCUCUUUUAAAAAGACUGAGUAAUACUGUUUUUUUUUUUACAACAUUUAUUGAAUCAUUCCUUGCAGUUGUAAAAUUUUACAACAUUGAUUAAUUCAUACCACUCUAAGUUGUAUAAUUUUCGAAGGUCCAGGUCUUUUAAAUUAGUGUUAAUUAUAUAAUAAGAUAAGAAAAGCGCAUAAUUUAGCGAUUGAGAUUUAGUAGGUGCAACGAGAUCAGGGAUCAACUUUUACCUUGUGUUCUUUUCGUGUCUGGAAAAAUACAGCUGAACCCUUCAAACAGAGGAAAGAUUAUCAAACAAAUAUAAUAGGGGGAUCGACAUCCCUUUUGAUCAGAGUGUUCUCAAUUACUUCCUGUUACCUUAAGGAUAGUAAUAUAUUUGAAAAUUUCCUUAAAACACUCUGAUGACAUUUUGGGGUUUCUUUUAUAAAUUUCGCUGAUCAAAUGCGCCUUCUUUUAAGAUUCCCAACCCCCCCCCCUAACCAAUCUUUAGAAGUAGGUCAGUUCAGAACUAGUUUUCACUGAAGGAGUGGGGGAGGGAGGGGAGACAAUGUGAGUUUGGGGAUCGAGAGAUUUUGUAAAAAGUAGAAAAUGUAAAAUAUUUUUAAGUGUUGACAGUCAACAUCUUAUCACUAUAAUGUGCUUUCGACUAGAUUGUAAAAAGUAGGCAAUUAUGGUACUCAGACCUUUGGUUCAUAUAAUAUUAUCUUUCAGAAUUCGUUAGAAAUAGACUUUUCUACAUGCCAUCUUAGUAUUGAAGAAGUAAAAAUUUACAUAACACAA